GAGUGAUGACGGAAGUUUAAAGUAAUAGUGUUAUUAUUCGGAUAAACACGGCUGUACGUCACAGAAAAGGUCAUGGCGCAUUUACGGAACCCACGUUUGUCACGCAUUUUGGAGGCUAUGGAAUCUAAGAAAGAUUUCGUAAGUACUGAAAACCCCAAACUAAUAUCCAUGGACGACCUGGAUUAUAAUUUUUCACGCAAUGCAAAUCCGAUGACUGUGGAUACUUAUAGAUCUCCUUCUUUAUUGCAAGAACAAGCACUACCUCAGUCUGUUAGCCAUACUGUGGAAGAUGAGUAUCAUGUUCAACCAGUUGAUGACGGAAUACCAAAUCCAGAUUUGAACGAUACUGGUUUUCCAGAAUUAACUCCAGAAGAAGACCUUACUAUACCAGGUCCUAGCAGUAGAGCAAGAUCCUAUUCAACUAGCUCAAAAUCAUCUUCAAGUUCAUCAUCAACAAGUUCAUCUUCAUCUAGUGCAUCUGAAUCGGGUAAGGACUUUUCCCCUGAUGAGGCAGAUUGCGAUCCUGAUUAUGUACCAGCCACCCCACCUAGGCGUGUAUCAUUUAGCCCAACUCCUCAAGAUAGUUUUUCUGAACAAUUAGUUGAAGAAAAUUAUUUGGGUCCUCCAGAAGAUAACAGAACUCCGAACAAACGAAGGCGUAAAGGAUUUGCAAAAGUAUCCGUGAGGCAAGAUGCUAAAAGACUUCGUAAUAGUGGGCAACAAUAUACUUUUGUGUCCCAGUCUAAAAAAGUCAUGCCAAAGAAGCAGAUAGGACCACCAUGUGGGGAAAAAUGUAGACUGAAGUGCAGCGAAAUGAUCAAACAGGAAGACAGAGAAAUUAUUUUUGUCAAUUAUUGGAAAAUGGGAGAUUUAUCUAGACAAAGAGAUUAUAUUGCAAAGUGUAUUAACAUUAUUACACCUAAGUACCAAUAUAAAGUUCAUAAUAGCAAUAGAGGACCUAAACAUUCAUUUUCAUUCGAGAUUAACAAUUUUAAGCAUCGUAUCUGUAAAAUAUUCUUUAAAAACACGUUGGCCAUUAAUAAUCGACCUAUUGCAACUGUAAUAGCAAAAAAGAACCAAGCCGGAACUGUUGAAGAAGAAAAAAGGGGUAAGCAUGGAAAACAAUACAAAGUAAGAAAAGGAAUAAAAAACCACAUAGACUCAAUCCCAAGAAUUGAAUCUCAUUACUUAAGACAACAAACGAAUCGUGAAUUUAUUGAUGGGGGUAAAAACCUUACAGAUCUUUAUACCGACUACCAAACACAAUGCUUGAGUGAUGGUGUUGAAGCGGCUAAAAUUCAUACAUAUAGAAAAGUGUUUAAUGAAGAUUACAACAUAGGCUUUCACACACCUAAAAAAGACCAGUGCGAACUAUGCAUUAGCUUUAAAAACGCUGUUGAUAAAACUAUGGAAUUACAGAACAGAUACGACCAACACCAGCUUGAAAAAGAAUUAUGUCGCCAGGAAAAGUCAAAUGAUAAAGCACUGGUUCAAGAAAACUACAUAGUUGCCUGUUAUGACCUCCAAGCAGUGUUGCCUCUUCCGAAAGGAGAUGUUUCUACUUUAUAUUACAAGUGUAAGCUCAAUGUUUGUAAUUUCACUAUAAGUGAAUUAGCGAAAGACUAUUGUGAUUGUUUUGUCUGGAGCGAGGUCGAGGCAUUAAGAGGAGCUAACGAAAUAGCAACGUAGCAACGUGUGUUUGGAGGUAUUUGACAAAGAGGGCAUCAGAAGUAAAUGCCGAUAAUUUACGAAUCACUUUUUAUUCUGAUAAUUGCUGUGGUCAGCAAAAGAAUAAGUUUAUGUUUUCUAUGUAUGUAUAUGCCUUAUCUGUUCUUAAAAUUAAGUCUAUAACGCACAAAUAUUUAAUAAGUGGGCACACGCAAAAUGAAAACGAUUCCGUUCACUCUGUGAUAGAAAAAGCCGUUAAAAAGUGCUUACGUUCUGGUCCUGUCUACACACCAGAUCAAUACGUGACCAUAAUCAGAACUGCACGAAAGAAAGGCAAUCCUUACAAUGUUACCGAAAUGUGCUAUUCAGACUUUGUUGAUAUAAAAAAUCUUACAGAGGCAUACGGUGCUCAAUUUUCAAAAAAUACUGAAGGCGAAACAGUUAGAAUGAGUGACAUUAAAAUAAUGAAAUUUGAAAAACAUCAAGAUUCCAACCACGUUGGCAUUUAUUAUAAAACUUCCUACUUAGAUACAGAUUUCAAAGAAAUACAAUUCCGUAACAACCGUUCGUCUCGAACACGUACUAGCACUGAUCUUCAAGAUUUCCAGUUGAAGCCUUUAUAUCAGUCUAGAUUAAAAUUAAGUGACAGAAAAAACAGCGACAUAAAGAGUCUAAUUAACAGUAACAUAAUACCACAGAGUUACGCAUUGUCAUAUUACAACAGCAUCUUGUUUUAGCAAUACUAAAACGAGAUGUUAUUGUAAUAAGACAACUUAUUAUUUGAUUAAGAAAAACAAUAAGUAACAUUAAGUAUUAAGUUUUUGACGAGAUUUAUUUUUUAUAUAACAUUUUAUAUGCUAAUAGGUUUACCUCAUUAUUCUAAAUAAGUGAUACAAGUCAACAUAACUUUGAUACCUAAGUAGCUUUCGUGGAUAGGGAAAUAAUGCUGUGAUUAUAACUUUGUUAAAUUAAAAAAAAUGCUAUUUUCAAUUGGUUUGUUCCUAGUCA